CGCCUGCCGGAAGCCGGCGUCUGCGACCACGCGCAGGCCCGUCUUCCCCACUAGAAGGGAAGUUCCACGAGAUCGAGGCUCUUGUCUGUCACUUGUUCGCUCUGUGUCAGCAUCCAGCACGGGCCUGGCACCGAGGUGGCUCUCAGUAAAUGGUUGUCGAAUGAAUGAGCUGCGUUUCUGAACGUCCGCUAGUGGAGUCCGGAGUGAACUCUGGUGUCGAGCGAAGAAGGCGCUGGUUCGUGUCCCCGUGCCCACAGACGCAGCCCUCAGCAGCACGUCUGAAAUUCAGAAAGGAUGGCAAAACAGAAGAGAAAAGUUACCGAAGUGACGGGGAAAAAGAACAAAAAGCUGAAGGUGUCCGCGCGAGAGACCCCGCUGGCACCUGAAGGCGCGCCGGGCGGGGAGGACGCGCGCCCCGAGGGAGCAGCGGCAUGCAGGGCCGUGCAGGAGACAGACCCCGAGCUGUCCCCAGAGGAGAAGAGGGUGCUCGAGAGGAAGCUGAAGAAGGAGCGGAAGAAAGAGGAGAGGAAGCGGCUGCGGGAGGCAGGCACUGCUGUGGCCCAGAAGCCGCCGGCCAGGCACUCGGGCGCCGAGCUGGCCCUGGACUACCUCUGCGGCUGGGCCCAGAAGCACCAGGACUGGAGGUUUCAGAAGACGAGGCAGACCUGGCUCCUGCUGCACAUGUACGACAGCGACAAGGUUCCCGACAAGCACUUCUCCACCCUGCUGGCCUACCUGGAGGGGCUCAGGGGCCGGGCCCGCGAGCUGACUGUGCAGAAAGCUGAAGCUCUGAUGCAGGAGCUGGACGAGGCGGGCGCCGCCAGCCCGGACCCCCUCCUGCUGGAGAAGACCCAGCGCCUCCGGCAGGUGCUCCAGCUGCUCUCCUAGGGGCGGCCGGCGGGUGAGGCCACUGCCGCAGCGCGGGGGGUCCAGCCUUUGUAGGAUGCAGCUGACCCCUCACCCAGGUGGGGGCCCGGCAUGGGGCAGGCAGGGUCGCCGGCCGGUGGGCGGUAGGUCCCUGCUUCUCCUGGCACCCGACCCUCAGAAGGACCGCCUCUCUCUCCUGACCCUCCUUGGCCAGAGACCGUUCACAGAUGACGAGUUUUAACCUGUUUACAGCAGAACGCGGUCACUCUGGAAUAACCUAGAGCCGCCACUCCUUACCUUCCCACUGCCCUCCAGCUGCCAAGGAAGUUGCUUUGUGAUGGAAAUGCCUAUUUUUCUACCAAAGAUCCCGCGCUCGCCCUUCGCACCAGCCUGGUCUGCAGCGUUGGGGUGUGGGGGUCCCCAAGUUUGGGCCUGUAUUUGCCGAGGGGCCCAGGCCUUGGCUUGUCCAUCUCUUGCCUCCCUCCUGGGGCCGUGCCACGGCCUCGCUGCCCACUUCCAGGGAAGACCUGGCUGUGUUUUCAAUAAAGACCUGCCCGUGUCGGCCGUG